UAUAUUGACACUAUUUUCUUCAUUAAUUCAGUAUAUACUUUAACAGAUUUGGUGAUUGUGAUUUGGUGAGAUGCUAACUAAAUGAUGUAUUUAUCUGAUUUUCCAAACAACUUGAUGUGGAAUACAGGACACGAUCGAUCUUACAAUGAAUGUUGCUUUAGAAUUGAUUCUUUCGAAAUCUUUACUACUCUGUGUAGCACCGAGACUGUUUUAUGUCAUACGCAUGUGCGACACUUUUUUGAAUGAAUAGGAUAUAUUUGAAUUAACGAUACACAAUGUUGAGGUAUACAUGCCAAGUGUGUUUUAAUAUGGAAUAUUUUGCUCGACUUCUUUUUAUUAUAAUGCCAUGGUUUUAUCCUCAAUGUGGAUGUCUGACUUCGCUUCGUAACACGUCAACCACUCUUGAUAAUUUAUUGAAAAGCUACGACAUCCGUUUAAGGCCUAACUUUGGAGGCCAAAGACUGGACAUCGGUAUCGAGUUGAUUGUUGUGAGCUUUGACGCUAUAUCUGAAGUAAAUAUGGAUUACACUAUAACAAUCCAUUUGAACCAGUAUUGGUUAGAUGACCGACUAUCCUUUGACAGUUACGAUGUAUCAAGCAUGACACUCACUGGCGAAUUUGCUGAGAAAAUCUGGGUUCCAGAUACAUUCUUUGCAAAUGAUAAAAACUCUUUUCUGCACGAUAUAACAGAGAAAAAUAAGAUGAUUCGAUUACAUGAUAAUGGAUCUGUUGUUUAUGGAAUGAGGUUCACAUCAACUCUUGCAUGUAUGAUGGAUUUACAUAACUACCCUCUAGAUAUACAGAACUGUACGGUGGAGAUAGAAAGUUAUGGCUAUGAUAUGCAUGAUUUAAACUUGAACUGGAAAGACGGUAGAUCAUCAGUGUAUGGGAUAGAUAAUGUGGAACUACCCCAGUUCUCUCUUAUAGAAUAUAGGACGGUACGGAGAAUAGAAAGUUUGUCGUCAGGAGAUUAUCCGCGGCUUUCCUUAAGCUUCAAGCUAUACAGAAAUGUCGGAUACUUCAUUUUCCAAACAUAUCUUCCGUCUAUAUUGAUUGUUAUGCUAUCUUGGGUGUCAUUCUGGAUAAACCAUGAGGCCACAUCAGCAAGAGUUGCUUUGGGUAUUACAACUGUUUUAACAAUGACGACUAUCAGUAAUGGUGUUCGUUCGUCGUUACCCAGAAUAUCCUACGUAAAAGCCAUUGAUAUAUACCUGGUUGUCUCUUUUGUAUUUGUAUUUGCUGCGCUGUUAGAGUAUGCUGCAGUCAAUUAUACAUAUUGGGGGAAACGUGCAAAGAAGAAGUUCAAGAAGAUAAAAGAUACACAACCAAUGCUACAGGAUGGUAAAUACAAUAGUGUUGAUUUCGCUGAAAUAGAUGAAAUAAGGAUGUCACCAAUUAUUGCAAUUCGUUCGCAAUCAUCGGGAAAUUGUGCUGAAAAUGGAGAGAAAAUCUCACGGACAAUAGUAGCUUCUCCAGUUCUUCCAAGAAAUUGUAUGUCACGAAGUUACUACCGUGAAAACUUAGUGAGACGAAAAAAUUCAAGCGUUAAAAGAAGGAGACAACUUCACUCCAAUGUACGAGAAAAAAGUGUGAAAUGUAAACUGCCUCGUAUCCGUCUGCCACGCAUCAACGAUGUGAACUGCAUUGACAGAUACUCAAGAAUGGUCUUUCCUUUGUUAUUUGUAUCUUUUAACGUAAUGUAUUGGGUUUUUUAUUUGUUUAUUAAGAAGGACACGUAAUUAAAGUUAAAAUCAAUGACAACGGGGUUAUGUGCCUUUGUCCACAAAUAUAAAGUUCAAGCUAUUUAGCAUGUGUUAAGAUUUACUAAAUUUAUCAAUUUCAGGGAAUGUAUUCAUUUUAUUAAUGGACAGUAAACAUAUAAGUAUGCGUAUCAGUGUACGAUUUUAUGUUUCCCUUGUUUGUUUAAUAUAUCAUUGUAAAAUAUCAGAGAUAAUAUUUUGUCCCAAACCAACAUGAAAUAUUUGUCAAUGUACGUUAGGCAACCAUCAAAUGACUCCGAUAUAAUGUAUCGAUAAUGUAUUCGAUAAAACAGCGAUAUCGUUAGUUGCCAAUUGAUCAGUUACCUAUACAUGUAUAUUUCACAAUUGUCAUCAUAUAUUACUUAUUUACGUUGUUAUGAUUUCAGCAAAAUUUUUUUAAAUUGGUUGACACUCUUUACAUUUUUAUACUGUUAAUUUGACUCGAAUUUGGAGAGAAUAAAUGAUUGAAUAAUAUGAUGUAUAUGUUUGUUAAGGUUGAUUAUGUGGCUUGCGUUUUGAACUUUUAUGGUAUAAAAAAUCUCAAUGAAAGACCUAUUCACUGUUGAACAUGUGUGUUAAUUGUGAAAGUACAUCAGGUAUAAAUAGAUACAGAUGUCUUUCUUCUGUAUAAUUUUGCAUGCUGCAUUUUAGA